UCAUCGCGGACGUUCGUUUGGGUGAUCUCUUGAGUGACAGUUUUUAUUUUUUUUUUAACGAAUCGUUUAAAGAACGUGCGAUGAACGAGGAUGAACGAGUGGUGAUGAUUCCUUUGUGGAACUGAACAAUGUUGCGAGUUUCGAUAAGACGAGAAGAAGAAGCAAAGUAAAACUUUCGUCGUUUAAAGGAGGAAACGUUAGUGAGUGAUAGAUAGAACGACGAGGCGAACGAUGCACUUGUUUAUAUCCGACCGAUAAUUUAACGAGUUUACACACACGCACACGACACACAUAUACACGCACAUACACACACGCGCACGCACACACAUACACACACACAAAGGACUACACGAAGAGAGGAGCCGUUCAGAGACAAAAAAAAAAAAAAAAAAAAGAGUUACCAGUGCGUGGAUAAAAGUGUAUUCAAAGUGUUCUCGAGGGGUAACCCGUGGCUGGACGUUUGGCAGGCAAGCGUUCUCGGUCUGGUGAGGGAGCCAGGGCCGAGGCGGGUGCAGGCAUGCGGCGGACCUGACUCAACCGAGCUAGCGUGUUGCAGAAGUGGCCAAUCCAUCAGCCGGGCGUACGAUAAUCGUACGAUGAUGCCGCUCGCGCCGACGCCAAUUGUUCCUGUGCCCUCGAAGCCGAAGAUCGGCUUCAGCAUCGACUCGAUCGUCGGCGGUGGUGGGCAGGGGCGGGAUGAUCGCUUGGACCGUUUGGAGCGGGUCGAGAUCGAGAGAGACGAUGGGAGCCCCAUGGACGUGGUCGAGGGUUCCUCCUCCCCCCGCGCGCGCAGGGUUACCACGAGAUCGCCCGGCGCCCAUUCCGAGGGAUCCGACCGUCCCGUCUCCCGGAGCUCCUCCGUCGAGUCUUACCCCAACUCGCGGAGGACGCCGUCGCAUCCGGGCGGCCACCAUCACCAUCACGCGAACAACCACCACGGCCACCAUCAUCAUCUGUCCGCCGCGACGCACCUCGACUUCGGCCGCGCAACGGUGCACAGCCACAGCGGGGGAUCGACGCCCAACAACAGCCCGAGCCCCCCUCACAGGAUAUCGCACGGGGACUCCCCGGUCGGCGCCCACCCCCAACCACCGCCAGGGGUCGUCAGGCCCAGCCCCAACUAUCUCGCGCCACCGCCCGGCGCGGCGACCGCGGCCGCUGUCGCCGCCGAACAAUUGAAGUCCCUUUACGGGCUGCCCGGCCACGGGCCGGCCGGGCCCCAAACGGGCCAGACCGAGUACCAUACGCAACAGCAAUUAGCCCUUGCCGCGAAUUUGGCGGCGGCCCAACAUUUCCAAGCUGCCAAUCUGGCUGUGGCCCUCCAGGCGCAUCAUGGCGCGUCGCCCCACGGCCCACCCCACGGCCCGUAUCCCCAUGGCGGUGCGCCUGGCGGGCCCCAUCCACCGCCGCAUCCUCAUCAGCCGCCCAGGGACAGCUAUCCGCUUUACCCUUGGCUGCUCUCCAGGCACGGAAGGAUCUUCCCUCACAGAUUUCCUGGAGGUCCCGACAUACCAGGCUUUCUCCUCCAGCCAUUCAGGAAGCCGAAGAGAAUAAGGACGGCCUUCAGCCCCAGUCAGUUGCUGAAGCUGGAGCACGCGUUCGAGAAAAAUCACUACGUCGUCGGCGCGGAGAGGAAGCAGCUGGCGCAGGCGCUCUCGUUGACGGAAACGCAGGUGAAGGUAUGGUUCCAGAACCGACGGACGAAGCACAAGCGGAUGCAGCAAGAGGAGGAGGCGAAAGCGCAGCAGCAAUCUGGGGGCGGUGGAGGCGGAGGUGGUGGCGGCGGUGGAGGGGGCGGGAACACGAACAACAAUUCCAACAAUAAGAACACCCAUCACGUGAGCAAAUGGCAACAGGAGACCGGAGAUUAUCACCACGAGGAGGAGGAGGAAGAGGAGCACAUCGAUCCGGAGGCGGAGGAGUGUUCUAGCGGCUCGGAGGCGUAGCUAGACGUUCUCUGCCUGGACUAAGGUGCCAGGAAUUGCGUCUGACCGACGAUGAACGAUUGCUCGAAUUUGUGGCAACCGUGGUUCGAUCAUGAUCGACAAGAAGAAUAUAAGACCCCUAUGGAGAAAGGAAAACCUUUUGGAUUUUGUUGUACUGUGCGAUGGAAUUGCCGGAAUUGCCCGGCUUGCCCGUGUAAAAAUUUGGAAUCGCGGGGGUGUAAAGCCAAGGAACAGGAUGUAUCGAGACGAAAUCGAGAAUCUUUUUUGGAAUUGCCGGAGAAGAAAUUUUUUUUUUUUAUCGUGAACAUCCAAAGAACGUCGCAGUGAAAAGUGUAGAGAGUUCUCGAAUUUGAAAAGAUUGGGGAUUGAAACAAAAACAAAACAAAACAAAACAAAACAAAAACUUCGAUGGAACGGCUGGAGUUGCCGAACGAUACUUAGUGCGAGUGAUCGAAAUCUCGAGAAUUGUCGGUGGAAAUGGAAAAAUUUCUUGCCGAUCGACCAGAAAUUGUAUAAAAAAAAAAUUGUCGAUAGUGAGAUCGCGCGUGUGUCACAAUCUUAGGAAGUGAGUGUUACACGAGGUCUCGAUUGUCUUGCAAUUCAGCAGACUGCUCAAACAAUUAGAGAGACUUGUGGAAUUGUCGAAAUUCCAGAAAAGAAUGCAUCGAGGGAAGAUGUAACGGGACGGAAAGCGGCGGAUAGAAGAGGCUAGGGAAGAUGUAAAGGAUCGGAACCAAGGACAAUUCGAAGGAAUUGUCGAGGAAUUGCGCGUUUCCAAAGAUCGCAAAAGUGAAUGAGCGAAUGAGCAGCGCGCGACGUUGGAGCGCGCGUGGAUAAGCUCAUGAUCGUUCGAUCGUGGAAUUGCCGAUGUUUCUCCAUCGAUCGGCAAUUCCACUAGUCGUCGUUGGACGACGACGGAAGACUGCACUUUGGCAAGAUCCCUUCGUUGGCAAGACUGACAUAUAGCUCACCCUCGUAUCCCCCUCGUCGAAAGCGAUCGAAGAAAAAAAGAGAGAGAGAGAGAGAGAAAAAGAAAAACGUGACCAGACUUUCCAAGACGAUCGAAGGAAUUGCGCAACUUCGUUUUUCGAAGUUUGUGCGCGGAAGCUGGAUUAAUGGAGGCAUUGUUUCCCCCUAGAGCCGAGGCCAAAUGGACCGGUUUCCGGCGGAAGCUCGAGCUUCAACGUAGCCCGUUGAAACGUUUUCGAAGAAACUCGAUCGACCUUUUCGAACUUUUUUCCAACACACCAUUCUCGACGGAUGGAAUUGCGCUACUCUCGGUGAUAUCUAAUUUCUCCCGGUGUUUUUCUUGUACCAUAGUUCCUCGAUCGAUUCGAAGAGAAACGCGAGAGAAUAUGUUCCUUGGGAAUAUAUUUCGAGGAUUAUUCCUUUCGGAAUAUUUUUUAAUGGAAAACGGAUCGAAUAGAUCAGACGGGU